AUGGGUAUCAUCCCAUUAAUUUACGCUCAAUUCAAUUCUUCGAAUCCAUUUUUCUCCAUCAAUGCUUUUUGUAAAACUCGUGGCUAUGUCAAUCAAUGGAGUGCCAUGUCAUGUCGAUGGCUACUAGUUAUGGGAUGUGUCGAUCGUUGUAUUGAAUGUUCAACAAAUGCUAAUAUUCGCCGCUGCUUAACAGUUCAUAUGGCUCGCCGUAUAGCUAUAUUGGUUGUCAUUAUUUGGAUGGUCUUUCCUAUUCAUAAAUUGAUCUUUUCUAAUAUUAUAUUACCAGGUAAUAUUGGAUGUAUAACAACAAACAAUAGUGUGGCUAUUUAUCAUGAUAUUUUUAUACUUAUUAUGGGUGGUACAUUACCUCCUUUAAUUAUGCUCAUAUGUACUAUGUUCAUCUGGAAAAGUCUCAAAAUGAGAAACGAACGUAGAGUAAUGUUACGCCCCACUGGAUCAGAACGGCAGAAAAAUACACGUGAUCAACAAGUAUUAAUCAUCCUAUUGACACAAGUAGCCAUCUAUAUUGUAUCUGCUUUACCGUUCAUGUCAAAUAAUCUAUACACAGCAUUAACUCGCGACGUACAGAAUAAAUCUGUUGAUCGUCGAGCGAUUGAAGGCUUUGCGCAAGUAAUUAGUGAAUUGUUUGUUUAUAUAUUCCCAGCUUCAACAUUCUAUUCAAACUCAUUAGUAUCACGCACAUUUCGAAAGGAGUUGAUGGCUAUAUUUAAAUGUCUCAUUCUAUGUCGUAAUAGAAAACAAAGCCGUAUCGGACCAAUCAAUCAAACACGACUGAAUGAUAAAACGAAUGGAUUAAGCAUGCAAACAAUUGGAAAAAUCUAA